CCUUCCUCCCGGGCUCCGCGCGGCAGGUGGGUUCGCUUUGAGUGUGACACGGCCCGGCCCGGCCCGGCGACAUGGCGGCCCCCGGCAGGUGCUGCCUGCGGAGACUUCUGGCUCAGUUUCCCAGGAUUGAUCAACGUACCUCAGUAGUUCCCUGCCUUGGAAACAUACAGCGAUCCAUUAGACCCUAUGCUGCUGCAAAAACUGCAAAAAAAGGUUCAAAGGAUGCCAAGCAGAAAACUUCGGAAGCAGAGCCAGCAAAAAAAAAAAACACUUACAGACGAAAGUUAGCAAGCAAGCCAGUGGAUGAUGUGUAUUUAACAUGGUUGUAUGAAAGGCCAGUCUAUGAUGCAGAGGUGGCUGUGGACAUGCUGAAGAAGUUUCAGCAGUUGGACUUCACUUACCCAAAACAACAUGUAUAUGCUAACCUCACCCUGGAUAUGAUGCUAGAGAAGAAGAAAAAAGUGGAUCAGUUUGUCAGCACCAUUCUUCUGCCAUAUCCUUUUGCUAACGAAAUCAAUAAAGUUUUGGUCUUCACAGAGAAUGCAGAAGAAAUUAAAAUAGCAAAAGAAAAUGGAGCUGCUUUUGUGGGAGGGACUGAAUUAAUCCAAAAGAUUUUGGAUGAUGAAAUCAAUGCAGAUUUUUACAUAGCCGUUCCUGAACUAAUAGCGAAGUUGCUACCUUUAAAAAACAAACUAAGAAAAAAGUUUCCAAAGACUAACAGAAAUUCUCUGGGCCGUGACAUUCCAAAAAUGCUGGAACUCUUCAAAGCGGGCCAUGAGUAUGUGGUAGAAGAGGAGAACCGUAUCGAGACAAGAAUAGCAACGCUGGAUAUGCCUAAUGAGCAGAUAGUUGCCAAUCUGGAUGCAAUUAUUAAGGAUGUCUGUACAUACAAGCCAUUGAGCUAUGGCCCAUUUGUGCAGCGCUUGAUUAUUCGAAGUUCAACCAGUGAAGGUUUACAACUAAAUCUAAAGCGUUUUCUUCCUCAAGUAGAGGAAGUGGACAAAGAAGAUGUUAAAGAAGCAGAAGCUCCAAGAUAGCCUGCCAGUGUAUUAUACUGCAAAUUCUCCUAGCAUUUUCUAUUCAAGAAUCCCCAGGAGUAUUUAAAAAUGUGUUUUCCUAUUAAUUUGUUUGUUUACUCUCAGAAAUUGGUGGUGUAGCCCUGAUCUCAUCUUCUUUAGAAAGUUAAUAAAUGUCAUGUUUGAGAUUUCAUUUUUAAUUCCUGCAGUAUCAAAGGUACCUUUAGACUUUGAGCCACUUUGUUUCCUCCAUGUGCAGGUGAAAGCUUUCAUCAAGUUCAGUUUGUUACACAUCAUAUUGUAAUUUAACCAAAACUUACUUUAUUAUAAAUUCCCAUCAUUACUAUAUAACCUUCCAGGGCAAUAGUCUCAUAAUUGUGCAUGCUUAAUUCUUCAUUAGUACUAUUGGGAAUGAUGGGCCCAGUCCUGCAAGGUGCUGAGUAUGCUCUAUUCCAGUUGAAACCAAUGGGAAAAGAGUACUUGGCACUUUGCAGGAUUGGGUCCUGUGUAAGCUUUAAUGCACGGUAGUUGAAUUAGUUCAUUUUGUUGGAGGUGGAUGUAGGUUUACUAGGCAGAAAUGGGUCACAUUCCACUUUCUGUAACACCAGUAUAAAAAUGGAAUAACUCCACUGCAGGCAGGUGGUGUUACUCCUGAAAUUUGCUGGAAAUAUCAUUCUGCUCUGCACACGGGGGGAGGGGAUUGCAAGGAGGUAUAUGCUUUUUUUUGCACUUCUGUGAUACAUGGGCCUUUGAAUGAAGGAUAGCCCCUGGGGUAAGAGGUACUUAUCUUUUGUUAAAAUGAAGACAUUCUGUUAAAGGAAGAGAGAGAGAGAGAGAUCACGUGGAUAUACAUAAAUAUCCUGUUUGUUCAGUUCUAAAACGGUUAACGACUGGAGCUUGGGUUCUAGGACUCUGCGAGGUGGCAGGAUACCAGAUCUGUAGCCGGAGCUGAACAUCUACACUGCAGUUAGACAGCCCCUUAGCCUGAGGCCUGUGAGCCUAAGUUAACUGGCAUGGGCCAGCCGCAGGUGUCUAAUUGCAGUGUAGACAUACCCUGAGAAGCCUUCCUCCCCCCCCCCACCUUGUCUUCCAUCUGACACUAUAGAAGAUACACACCCCACCCCACUCCCCGCAUGGGGGGCUGGGCACAGUGAGGCCAGUGGUGGAGUGCUGUUCCUGAGGUCAUCUGUUUGCUUGCAGAGAUUUCCUUGCAUAAGAAUGACAAUAGGUAGCGUUCUUACAUAGAUUUUCCAUGCAGACUCUGUAACAGCCCUGGGGUUGUAGGACACGUGUGAGUAGGGAAUGAGUAGUAUCUGGGAGCUGUAUUGCUAUGGGCAUAGUGAUGGGCCAGACCUGCAUAUGUGCACUGCAGUUUGUCAAAUUUACCUGACUACUUCAGGACAUCUGUGCAUCUGGCGGCCCAGAGCCCCCUGACAGAACAAUGUAAAGGAAACUCCGUGACUUUCCUGUCUCUUCUGCAUGCUUUACCUGCAUGACCCUUCAAUUCUUGGCCAACGAAAAUUAUUAGAGUUGGCUGAAAGAUGUUUAAUUGAGAGAUGGCUUUUUUAUGUGAAAAAUAUGUAAAAAGAAAUUGAUCUGCUAUAAGUAAAUGAAAAAUUGAUAGUUUUUGAUUGACUACAAAAACUCAAAAAUUGGGACUGGUUUCAAACCCCUUAAACUGCAAACAACUUUGGAAUUUUUUGCAGAAUUAGUGUUUAACUUUUUGACCAGCUGUAGGGUUAUGCAAUCAGUUGAAUCAAUAACACUGAAAGCUUUUGGCACCAACUAGCAGUUACUAUUAAUCAUUGUAAUUCAAAAACUGACCAUUAUGUUCACCUCAGAGUUGAUGUGAUUAAUAUGGUACAUGUGGGCUGUAAUUAAAUGUCUUUUUUUCUCCCCAACA